AUGAUGAUGGGGCUCGAGGCUGAUGGCAUGAACGGCUUCGACAUGUCCGAGGGCCAGUCGCUCGACUCAAUGGUCGCCCAGAACGACAAGGAAAACCGCAGACGGAGCAUGCCGCCCUUCGCGCGAGGCCCGCAGCAGAUGAACCUGGGAAGCCCAGAGACGCGCCGCCUGAGCAUGAUGAAUUUUGGCGAUCCCAAUGGCGGAGACAUGGAGGAUUUUCGUUUCGACAUGUCCUCAGCCACCAUGGACAACCUCAUGCACUCCAGCACGGCCUCGUUCCCGCGCUCCACGGCUGCCAUGCAGAACGACCAGCUUCCCGCUACCGACCUCAGCAUCACCAACCAGUACCAAGGCCAGGCAUCGCCCUUUCCCCAAAUGACCGCCCCGGGCUCGGCCUAUGCCUCGCCCAUGCACCAGAAAACCCCGCUCGACCUGGAAAUGUCGUCGUAUCAAAAUGGCAUCAACAUGUCGCUCGACAUGAACGACUCGCUCAACAUGAUGCCCUCGGAUAUGAACAUGUUUCCUGGCAACCAGUUCAACUCUCCCCUACUUGGCUCUCCCCUCAACCAAGACUUUGUCGGUCCCAUUCCCACUGCUCCACAGGACAACGCCAAUCCCAACAACAACAGCAACGCCAACGCCAACACCAAUAACAAUAACAGCAGCAACAACACGCCUUCCACACAAGCCCAAGACCAUUUCAAACGACCUUCAGUAAACAACACAUCCGACCCAAAGUCGGGCAGAUCUAGCUACCUCAGUCGAGCACUCAGCCAAGACCAGGCUAGCAUGCGUUCCCAUUCCAGGCCUCAGAGCGACCGCCACUCGUCCAACAGCGUCCCCACCCGCAUGACACUGGCUUCCCUGCGCAACCAACAACCUGUAGCACAAGACCCUGCACAGGAUUUGCCCAAAGACGUCAUCAACAAGCAGUUGCGCGAAUCCAACGUUCCCUGGCAGACACCCGCUGGCGGAUUUCCCUCAACCAUGCACCAGAACCCUCACAUGAAGACGCAGUUCAAGAACGCAUAUUCGUCAACCGGAUUUGACAUGCUUGCCGUAUUGAUGCGAGUCGCUACCAGACCUGACCCCCAGAUUGAUAUCGGCUCCGUUGACCUUUCCUGUGCUUUUGUCGUGUGCGAUGCAGAACUGGAUGAUAUCCCCAUUGUAUAUUGCUCGGAAAACUUUGAAAGACUUACCGGCUACACACGACACAUGAUUCUUGGGCGAAAUUGCCGCUUUCUGCAAGCCCCUGAUGGCAAGGUCGAAUCUGGCAUCAAGCGCAACUACGUCGACGAUGACUCAGUUUACUACUUGAAGAAUAUGAUUGAGAAUCGUGCAGAGGCACAAAUAAGUCUGAUCAACUAUCGAAGGGGUGGUCAGCCCUUUAUGAAUCUUUUGACCAUGAUUCCUAUCGCUUGGGAGCCAGGUGGCAAGACCAAAUUCUUCAUUGGUUUUCAGGUCGAUCUUGUGGAACAGCCAGGUGCAAUGACGAAUAAGAAUUCGGACGGUUCUUACAGAGUCAAUUACCAGCGCGGAAUGUCUAUACCGAGUUACGUUUUUAGCGACCACCUCAAACCACAGCAAGCCGAACAAGGCCAAACAAUAUCAAAAGAUGAAGUGUCCAAUGUCCUUGCCGCGUAUAGUGGAGGUGGGGAUUCGGAAAUGACGAGACGUAUCUGGGACAAGGUUCUCCUCGAAAACUGUGACGACGUAGUGCACGUGUUAUCACUCAAGGGUCUCUUCUUGUAUCUGUCGCCUGCCAGUAACCGGAUAUUAGAAUACGACCCAAGCGAGCUUGUUGGAACAGCGUUAUCCUCCGUUUGCCACCCGAGCGACAUCGUCCCAGUAACUCGAGAAUUGAAAGAGACGACAAGCGGCGCUUCAGUAAAUGUCGUUUUCAGGAUACGACGGAAGAAGAGUGGUUACAUGUGGUUUGAAGGCCAUGGUUCAUUGCAUACCGAGCAGGGCAAGGGCCGAAAAUGCAUCAUCCUCGUCGGACGUGAGCGCCCGGUCUACACGCUGAGCAAGACCAUUGUGCGUGAGUCUGGCGGUGUCGGCGACAACGAAUUGUGGACCAAAAUGUCGACGUCGGGUAUGUUCCUAUACGUUUCGUCAAAUGUACGACAACUCCUAGACAAACAACCAGAAGAUCUGGUUGGCACCAGCAUUCAGUCUCUUAUGCGCCAGGAGUCUAAGGUCAAUUUUGGGCGGAUACUCGAGUUUGCAAGAGGCGGCAGAAAGGGCGAAGUGAAGCAUGAGAUGAUCAAUAAGCGUGGUCAAGUACUUCAGGCUUUCACCACAAUCUAUCCUGGAGAUGCUGUCGAAGGCCAAAAGCCCACAUUUGUUGUCGGACAAACACGACUCCUCAAGUAUUCACGCAACAGCACCGCUAGUCGCCCCUCCAUGUAUACAAACACCAAGCAAGAGCGAGAUUCACACAUGUUAGGGGGGGACUCACCUAUGCCGGGAUCUGUGACUGGAAAUAAUGGAAACUCUGGCAACACUGGAAACAAUACCCCGUCGACAACUGCUACAAAUCCUCUCUAUGUGACGACCGAAGAGUCACCAGCCACAUUUGCCGGCCACAAUGGUCUACAGAUCGGACACCAAGACCAAAGUCUUGCCUCAGACGACAACGUUUUUGACGAACUCAAGACGACAAGAAGUACCAGCUGGCAAUAUGAGCUACGCCAAAUGGAAAAGCGGAACCGAUAUCUUGCAGAAGAGGUACAGACGCUGCUGGCAGCCAAGAAGAAACGAAAGAGAAGAAAGGGUGCUGGACAGAUGCAAAAGGAUUGUGCGAAUUGCCAUACGAGACAAACUCCUGAGUGGCGGAGAGGGCCUUCUGGGAAUCGUGACCUGUGCAAUUCGUGUGGAUUGCGGUGGGCAAAGCAGCAAGGACGAGUAUCACCGAGAACAUCCUCAGCCACAAGCGACAAGAGCAAGAAGAGCGCUUCACCGCGUCACCACCAAACAAAGUCCGAGGCCGGACAGCAAGCAUUUAGUCCCUCCACAUCAAUGGCCACACCCAGUAAACGAUCGCCGCAACAUGGCAGUAUUAGCGAAUCUCAUGCCCCAAAAGCGGCACGUACGGAAAUAGCUUCUGCGCAGGGCUUUAUUCCACCACCGGCGAUCGACGAGGUAACUGAGCCGGAUUCAUGA